UCAUGAAAUUUGUUGACUAAAAAUUUGAAUUUGAUCCAUGAGAUCAUUAGUGCAUAAAUUCCAAUACCGAUGAGUGCCGGUUAUUAUCGUUUUUCAUGUACCAAUUUUUGUAAACCGAAAGACUGGAUUUUAACCGGACUUUAUAAUAUCCGUCUUGGUUCAACGAACAGCUUCAGUUUCGUAGUCAGAGAAUCUCGUUAGUUGCAGAAUCAAUAAGUCAAUGGAGAAGGUGAGGAAGGUGGUGAACGAAAUCGCAUACACGAGAGACCAUAGUAAAUCCCCUGCACUUCACCGGUCUCUCGUUCCCAUCCUCACACUCGCUUCUUCUCUAUACAGAGUCGCUCUCCAAAUCCGCCGCUCUCUCUACCGCUUCUCAUUGGUACAGAAACACCGAUUACCGGUUCCGGUGAUCAGCGUUGGGAAUCUGAGCUGGGGAGGUAAUGGGAAGACGCCAAUGGUGGAAUACAUUUCUCAAUUCCUCGUUGAUUCUGGACUUUCACCUCUUAUCCUCACUCGUGGUUAUGGUGGUGGAGAUGAAGCCAAAAUGCUUAAAAGACAUCUUCGUGGUGUACCGGCAAAGAUUGGGAUUGGUGCAAACCGAGCAGCUACUGCUGCUUGGUUUUUCGAAAAGUAGCUGCUUGGUUUUUCGAAAAGUAUGGUUGUGUUGAUCCUUCUAGUAUAAGGUCAUUCUUUGAUCUUCA